CUACGUUGUUGUUAAAAACUUCCAAAACGUAAAACUUUGCCAUGAUUGAAUUCAUUGCCAUCUGGCAUCUGAUGUUGCCGCUGUAACAAAUGACAAGGCACCGGGCCAAAAAGGGCCAUGCUAAUCUUCUCUGUAUCGUUCCAAUUUGAACGGAUGUCCCGAAGGACGAUUGUUUCAGAGGAGUUGCACCGACUCAUCAGGAGGCUGAACCCUCAACAACAUGCGGAGUGCCCGUAUCAUGGUUUGCGUCAUUUACUCAUUCACCCUCGUUUACGGCAGACUGUUCCCAAAUGGAACACAGUGGCGGGCUGCAAUAGUGCAAGGUGCUAGAGCACAGUGCAAGGUGCUAGAGCACAGUGCAAGGUGCGACGGGGCAAGCGGACGAAUGACAGGGCAACCAUGCAGUGAAGCACAAGGCAACACCAACAAGCCAACUGAACUGCAAGGUACACAAGCAAAGGACACGGAAGGCACGUCCUGCAGAUGGGAAGCAAGGCAGGGGAGCAGCGUAGCACAAGGCAACACCAACAUAGUGAACACAACAGCUUGCCAAUAACGACCUGUGAAGCAAGCGGGAUGGGCAUCAACUUCAAGGCAGCAGCAGAGCGCAGACUAGCAGUCCACAUGUGACAUAUCCAGCACUGAGCAAAAAGGCACAUGACCUACUCACACAAACGUCCAUCAUCACCGGUAAGGUAGACAGACAUCCCGAAUUGUGCGGCCCCCCUAAGAGUGCUGCAGGGAAUUCAAACGAGGAAUGACUGACUGUUUGCUACUGCUUAAGGGUGCUGAGCUCAGCAAACAAAAGAAUACUUAGAAACAUACAAGAGGAAGACAGCAGUAAAAAAAAGCAGGAAGA